ACGGUCACGAUUCGUUUUCAUCCAUGGCGGACACGUUGCAUGGGGUCGAGGCGCGUGCCGCUGCUAACGGCGCCUUGACCAGCGAAGGGACGCAGUGCGCUGCUGAUAAACCCAGAGGAGGCGAAUACUUCGGCUUUCCCGAGGGAAAAGUCAACGGAGGAGAGAAUCUGAGAGAGGCUGACCGAGUCAGCGACGAAGGCUUCGCGAGGAAGAAAAGGAGAAGCGGAGGGAAGUCAGUACGCGCCGAGCGCUUCGAGCGCUUCGAUCCCUCUACGCCACGUGUCACGCGCAAGGGUCGACGACGGGGUACGAAGAAAGAUGGUUUGGCGGGAUUUGGCGGUUUUGUGAGGGAAACGAUUUGUUGCAGCGGGCGGAACAAGACCAUCGAGGAUGGAGGGGAAGGGAGGAGGAGGAGCGGGCCCUUGGCAGGAGUAGAGCAACGGAGGAGGAGCAGGUCUUGGGCAAGAGCAGAACAAGAGAAAGAGGUGGUGUAUACGAGCAUCAGGGAGAUGGCCGGACCAGGAGUAAGAGAAGAAGAAGAAGAAGAAGAAGAGGUUCACGUCACAGAGGAGGAGGAGGUGCUUGCCCAUGACAAGAAGCCUGUGGAAGAGCGUCUUCUCUAUCCGACUAAAUUCUCGAUAACCGACGAGGAGCUUGCCCUUGCCAAGUUGGCCGUGGAGGAGCGUCUGUUUUAUAGCAAUAGCAAUAGCGAGUUCUCGAGCAGGGAGGAUAGAAUUUGGAUUGACGUCCCGAUUAUGGAGAAGGCUGUCAAAUUGGAACAGAAGAAGUUGUUCUUACCAGAAGAAAAAGAAGAAGAAGAAGAAGAAGAGGUUCACGUCACGGAGGAGGAGGAGGAGCUCGCCCAUGUCAAGAAGCCUGUGGAAGAGCGUCUUCUCUAUCCGACUAAAUUCUCGAUAAGCGAGGAGGAGCUUGCCUUUGCAAAGAUGGCCGUGGAGGAGCGUCUGUUUUAUAGCAAUAGCCAUAGCAAGUUCUCGAGCAGGGAGGAUAGAAUUUGGAUUGACGUCCCGAUUAUGGAGAAGGCUAUCAAGUUGGAAGAGAGGAAGCUGUUCUUACCAGUCCCGCCUUAUGUGGGGGGGGGGGRGGGGGCCGCGGUAAUGGCGGCGGAAGCACGGCGGCUUCGCGUACAAGCGCUCGAGGACGAGAUCGACAUAAGAGUGGAAACGUACAAGGCGGCGGAGCGGGCGAUGGCGGAGGCAAGGAUGGUGUUAUCGCAGGUGUCAGCCAUAGCUGAGGACUGUUUGGUGGACAUCGAAGCGCUGAGCUUGUACCGGGUAGCAGAGGCGACACGGCAAGCACUCAUCGACGCGGCGGAGAGGGAGAAGACGGCGAAGGUUAAGGCAGCGAGAGAGAAGGCGGAGAUGGAGAUCAUUGAAGCGGAAGCGCUCAGGGAGAAGCGGAUAGCUAUGGCGGUCGCCGCUGCGGCGGACAUCUUGAGCAGGGCGGAGGAUAUGGCGGACUAUGAUUUUGAGUUUGAGGUCAGGGAAGUCCGCUCCGUCCGUUCCAUGUCUCUGAAUGAGGAAACGUCGUGAGAGAUGGGGAGGAACUCUGUGGAAAACGAGACGUGAGGAAUCUGAACGAAGGACUGUGUCACAAGCACUGGCAGAGGUU